AUUUUGAAAUGCAGAAAGGAAGCAUUAUUUCUUUUUUAGUUUAACUUGACGGCUUAAAGUGUUGAGGGGAAGAUAUUUCCAGACGGACAGCGAUAAUUUCCUGUUGUCCGUACAAUUACUAUGGUCCGUCAACAAACAGUAUCUUUACGCCGAGAAUAAAAGAAAUAAUAAGACUAUAACAACGUAAUAUUAAAUCACACAAUUAUUGUACGAGGUCAGAAAAUGAUGUAAUGUUAACAUGUUAUUAGCAACAUAACGGAAAUGCACUUUGUCAGUUCCACCAGGAAGGACUAGUUGAAAGGUCGUGGCUGUGGUGUCAGAGCACUCUGUAUUGAAAGCACAUGUGUUAGUGAGGAUGUGGAGGGCAGGUCGUGUCCCGAGUUGGAGGCUGGCAAGGAGACUCUGCUCCAGCAACUUUCCAAAACCUUUAUCCUCCUCUUCAUCGCCGUCAAACCCAUCCCCUCUACGGCCUCAAGCAGAGAAACAGAGGCGGAGAAAAGAGAGGGAGAGGGCCAUACUGUCAAGUCAACACUAUACUGCUGAAGAUGACGGGGUGAAAUGGAGUGAGAAACAGAGGAUAGAGUAUACUGCUCAAACACCUCCUGGGACAAAAAAAGACACCAGCUUGCCGUUCCCGUCCUCGUACAGCCCAGACUACGUAGAGUCCAGCUGGUAUCAGUGGUGGGAGAAGGAGGGAUUGUUCAGCCCCGAACAGCAUGAGAAAUUAUCUCACGCUGUGGAUCAGACCUUCUCCCUGUGUAUCCCUCCACCAAAUGUGACCGGUACUCUGCACCUGGGCCACGCUCUGACUGUAGCUGUAGAAGAUGCUCUGGUUCGAUGGAGAAGGAUGCAGGGCCACAGAGUGCUUUGGGUUCCUGGAUGUGACCAUGCAGGUAUCGCAACUCAGACAGUGGUGGAAAGGAUGCUGCUGAGGGAUGAAGGGAAGCGUAGACAGGACUUCAGCAGAGAAGAGUUUCUACAGGAGGUGUGGAAAUGGAAGAAGGAGAAGGGAGAAGGGAUCUAUCACCAGCUGAGGAGGCUUGGAGCUUCUCUGGACUGGAGCAGAGCCUGCUUCACUAUGGAUCCAGGUUUCAGCAGGGCUGUGACUGAGGCUUUCGUCAGGCUGUGUGACUCUGGUCUGAUCUAUCGCUCAGAAGGACUGGUCAACUGGAGCUGUGCUCUGGAAUCUGCCAUCUCUGACAUUGAGGUUGACUCAAAGGAGCUGUCUGGGCCGACAAUGUUGUCUGUUCCUGGUUAUGAACACGAGGUGGAGUUUGGAACAAUGCUUACCUUUGCAUACCCUGUAGAGGGCCAUGAUGGAGAGGUGGCGGUGUCCACCACCCGUCCUGAGACUAUGCUGGGAGAUGUGGCUGUAGCUGUUCACCCUGACGAUCCUCGAUACCAGGCUGUUCAUGGAAAGCAGUGCCAUCACCCCUUCACCAACAGACUGCUGCCCAUCAUCACUGAUACACUGGUGGACAUGGAGCUAGGAACAGGUGCAGUGAAAGUGACUCCCGCUCAUGACCACACUGACUUCCUGCUGUCACAGAGACACUCACUGCCACGCCUCACUGUGAUUGGAGGAGAUGGGAUGAUGACACCACUCUGUGGACACUGGCUGGAGGGAGUAAAGCGUUUUGAUGCCAGACAGCUAGUCGUGGACGCCCUGGCUGAGAGGAAGCUGCUCAGAGGAAAGAAGGAUCAUGCCAUGACUUUACCCAUCUGCAGCCGCUCAGGGGACAUCAUCGAGCCUCUUCUAAAGAAGCAGUGGUUCGUCCACUGUGAUGAUAUGGCUAAAAAAGCUAUACAGGCUGUGGAGGAUGGACAGUUGGAAAUCAUCCCUCACUUUUACACCAAGACAUGGAAGAACUGGCUGUCCAACAUCAGUGAUUGGUGUAUUUCCAGGCAGCUUUGGUGGGGUCAUCAGAUCCCUGCUUACAGAGUGGAGCUUCCUAAUUCUACUGACAGACAAGAGGAGCAGUGGGUUUGGGGAAGGACCGAGGACGAGGCCCGACAGAGAGCUGCUGUCAAAUGUGGAGUGAAGCCAGAAGACGUCAGUUUGACUCAGGACCCUGACGUUUUGGAUACGUGGUUCUCCUCUGGGCUGUUUCCCUUCGCCAUGCUGGGCUGGCCUCAGCAGACCAAUGACCUUCAGCGCUUCUACCCUAACUCCAUCCUGGAGACAGGCAGUGACCUCAUCUUCUUCUGGGUGGCAAGGAUGGUGAUGCUGGGUACAGAGUUGACUGGCCAGCUGCCCUUUAAACAGGUUCUGCUUCACUCUCUGGUGAGGGACAAACACGGCAGGAAAAUGAGUAAAUCUCUGGGAAACGUCAUUGACCCCUUAGAUGUUAUACAUGGAGUCUCCCUGGAGAGGCUUCAAGAGAAAGUGAAGGAGGGAAACCUCGACCCCAGGGAGCAGGUGGUUGCCAUGGAAGCACAGAGGAAAGACUACCCCAAGGGGAUCCCUCAGUGUGGGACUGAUGCUCUGAGAUUUGCCCUUUGCUCUCACAAGAUGCAAGGAGAAGACAUCAGUCUGUCCAUCUCUCAGGUCCUGAGCUGCAGACACUUCUGUAAUAAAAUGUGGCAGACACUGAGAUUCACACUGGGAGUGCUGGGCGACAGCACAACACCAGUGGGACCACUAGAGGAGACAACUCCUCUGAGCAGCAUGGACCGGUGGGUGUGCUCCAGACUCUACAGCACAGUAGUACAGUGUGAGCAGAGCUUUGAAACAUACGAUCUGCACACUGUCACGUCUGCCUUGUACUCCUUCUGGGUCCACAGCCUGUGUGAUGUUUACUUGGAGUGUGUGAAGCCUUUGCUGGGCCAACAGGAUGAGGGGCCAGUGGUCCACACUGACACAGAGCAAAGUGGCAGAGCGAGGCAGGUAGCCAGCAGCGUCCUCUAUCACUGUGUGUCUGUGUCUCUGGCCCUUCUCUCCCCAUUCAUGCCCUUCCUCACAGAGGAGCUAUGGCAGAGACUCCAGCCAUUCAGACCUGGAGCUGCAGCCCAGACCAGCCUGUGUCUCCAGCCAUACCCCCGCUCCUCUCAGCUGGCACACUGGCAUUUCCCCGAAGAGGAAAGAGAUUUCCUUCUGGUCCAGGAAGUGAUCCGAGUGGCCCGUUCUCUAAGAGCCCAGUGUGGCAUGACCAAAGAAAAACCUGCCAUGUGGGCGGUGUGUUCAUCCAGUCAGGCUCAGAUCCUCCUUCACUUUGGGUCCAGUGUUUGGACUUUAAGCCGAAUCUCCAGCCUCCAUAUCUACUGUCCUCAGGGAGGAGAAGGUGUCCUCUCUGUCCCCUCCACUCCUCCCCCUGAAGGGAGCCUUGUUGGUGUGGUGGACCACACAUGUCAGCUGCACCUUCACGUUCAGGGUGAAAUGAGAGUUGACAAACAGAUUGCCCAGCUCACUCAGCGCAGAGUCAAGCUUGUUCCCAAGCUGGAGGAGAUCCUCUGCAGAGUGCAAUCACCACACUACCUGACCAAGGUUCCAGCUCACAUCAGGCAGCAAAUGGACAGUAAGAUGUUAGCCUUGCAGCAGGAACUGAAGAACAUUGAAGAUCAGCUAAAGGUGCUGCAAGACACGCAAACAACAAAAUAAAUAAAACCAGUGGUUCUUACAGUAACUGUGAAGACUGCUGGAUGUCAGAACCACAGGUGAUGAUAAUAACGAAACACUUGAUGAACUCUUAGUAAUGUUGUCUGAGCAGAGAAGUCAUUGAAUGGAGGAGACAUUGCAGAAUCAUCAUUGUGUAUUGCAGUGCCUCACUGCAGUAUUGUACUGUGUAAUUAAUAACUCAGAAGGAGUUGUGGCAGGCUGCAGGCAUCCAUGUAAAGGGAAAUAAAUGUAUUUUGUCAGUGCACAGGUGGCAUAAUGGAAGUUUUCAGCAGCCUGCUCAUUGCUCCUGAUCAUCUAGUGGUCGUGUCCAUCAUGGCCUUUUAAGGACAUGUUACAAAAUGACAUUUCUGUUAAAAAAUCCUUCAUAUUUAUCAUUGUAUUUAAAACUAAUGUGUCUUUUCUUAAACUUGACUACAAAUGUUUCUUUGUUGGAGGACUAAGAAUUUUAAAGGCUGGAGGAAUCUGGGUUUUUGCUUUUGUUAUUGCUUUAAUUCUAGCCAUUUAUCUAGAAAACUUAAUGUCUGUCUGGUGGCAGUUACUACAUCUGUUUACAAAUGGAAUUUGUUGGUUAUAUUUAAUAAUUUAAAUAAAUACAAUUAGCUGUAUUCACAUGAUUGAGCAAUAUCUGCUUCAGUUUCUUUAUGGUUGAUUUUAAAGGAGCAAACCACCAAUUUUAUAGUUAUAGCUCAAAUAAAAAGUUGAUUUCUUAAGUCGAGUCAAGUCAAUGUUAUGUAGCACAUUUCAUAAGACAGGCGUAAACUCAAUGUGCUUAAAAACAAGUAGAGAUCAUACCUGCUUAGUCAUGUGAAAUACUAUUCAGCCUUUGAAAACAGUUGUACAAUUGUAUAAUAUUUUACCUUCUAUAGCUCUGGGGGAGCUUUGACUUUAAAUAAAAAACAAAAAACCUGAAUUCAGUGUACAAAAGAGCUUAAUAUUACACAAAACCAGGAAAUACACCAAAAAAACAUAGUUAAACAAAAUAAGAGAAAAGUUAAAUAUAUAUAUUAAAGUUUAAGACAGUAAUAAUGACCUUUCUUCAUGUGUUGUUCAGAGUGCAA